AUGGUGCCCGCUCCACCAACAGACCUUCCUAGAAACGCUGCCCAGAUGCCAAGGGAAACCACCGGGGCUUCUCGGUGGUAUCUGAACCCGGCAAGGCAGCUGGCACAGAAAGGCGUCCCCAGCUCGGCGCUGCGGGAGAUCUGCCUUCUGAAGGAGCUCAAACACAAGAACAUUGUGCGCUUGCAUGAUGUCCUGCACAGCGACAAGAAGCUGACGUUGGUUUUCGAAUUCUGCGACCAAGACCUGAAGAAGUAUUUCGACAGCUGCAACGGCGAUUUGGACUCGGAGAUUGUGAAGUCCUUCAUGUACCAGCUGCUGAAGGGCCUCGGCUUCUGCCACAGCCGCAACGUCCUGCACCGGGACCUCAAGCCCCAGAACCUCCUCAUCAACCGGAAUGGGGAGCUGAAGCUGGCAGAUUUCGGGCUGGCCCGGGCCUUUGGCAUCCCGGUGCGCUGUUAUUCGGCGGAG